AUGAUCGGGAAGACAGCUGGAGCCCACACACCGCCAAGCCGGCACAACGUGCACCGGCCACGGAGAGAAAAAAACUUCCGGAGCGGAAGUCAACCGGCAAAGUCAACGGGUGUGAAGGGGGUCUCGCUACUGUCCCGCAUCCCCGGCAAAUGUCUGAGCGGGGCUGCCAGGCAGGACCGCCCCAGCCCGCAGUCUGUCCGAAGCAAUGGCCCCAUUUGUGUCCGAGCCCGGCGUGGGUGGCACUCUUCUAGGACUUACGGCGCGGGACUGCGCGCGGAAGCGCCGUGGAACGCCGUGGAACGCCGUGGAACGCCGGGGCGGGCGACGCGGGGCCAUGGUGCUGCGGAGCGGGAGCGCCUGGCGGGCGGUGCUCGCGCGGGCCCGCCGGCUUCCAGCCCGGCCCCGGGCGGCCUCUGGCGGGCCUGGUGGCCUUGCAGCACUUUCUGCCGGAGCCUUGGAGCUGCGAGGCGAGCCGGACAGGUUCGGGGGCGUCUCGGUGCGGCUCGGAGCGCAGGACUGCCUGGACACCGCCGCCUUCCAGAGGGGCCUGCAGGGCAAGUGCGCCUGGGGCGAGGGGGACCUGGGAACCGCACCGGCCACCCCCUCAAGGCAGCGAUAAAGCAGUGGCAGUCAGAAGGUAGAAUCGCCGUGUGGCUGCACGUUCCCAUUCUUCAAAGCCGACUUAUCACGCCUGCUGCGUCCCUGGGCUUCCACUUCCACCAUGCGGAGCAUGAUUCCGCCACGCUGACUCUCUGGCUGGGGGAAGGUGCCAGCAGACUACCCGGAUACGCUACCCAUCAAGUGGGAGUUGCAGGAGCUGUUUUUGAUGAAAAUACCAGAAAAGUACUGGUUGUACAAGAUCGGAAUAAAUUAAAGAACAUGUGGAAGUUUCCAGGAGGCCUGUCAGAGCCAGGAGAAGAUAUUGGGGACACAGCAGUCCGAGAAGUUUUUGAAGAGACUGGUAUAAACUCAGAAUUCCAGUCCCUCUUGAGUGUUCGGCAGCAGCACGCCAGUCCGGGAGCCUUUGGAAAGUCAGAUAUGUAUAUAGUCUGCCGCCUGAAGCCAUCCUCAUUCACCAUCAACUGUUGCCAGUAUGAGUGCUUAAGGUGUGAGUGGAUGGACCUCAGUGAGCUGGUCAAGACUGCAAAUACGACUCCCAUCACCCGCAGAGUUGCUAGGCUGCUGCUCUACGGCUACAGGAAAGGGUUUGACAAGAUUGAUCUGACCAUGGAAAAGCUCCCAGCAGUUCACACGGGCCUGUUCUACAAGCUGUAUCACAAGGAAUUGCCAGAGAGUUACAAACAUAUGACAGGAAUGGAUUAAACUCACAUUUACAUGUUUUUCUUUAAAUUAAAUAAAUUGUACAUGUAGAUAAGUGUAUGCUAUAAGACAUAAUGGACUUUUGGGAUUAAAUACAAUUCUAAUUUUCUAAUGUGAUUUCCACGAAGAAAACUUGUAAAUGUGCAUAUUUUAAAAGCUUUUCAAAUGAAACAAAUAUGUGAAAAAGUGUGUA